UUCGUUUUUCGAGACAGGGUUUCUCUGUGUAGCUUUGCGCCUUUCCUGGGACUCGCUUGGUAGCCCAGGCUGGCCUCGAACUCACAGAGAUCCACCUGGCUCUGCCUCCCAAGUGCUGGGAUUAAAGGCGUGCACCACCACCGCCCGGCCUCUUUCUUUUUUUUGUUUGUUUGUUUUUAGUUUUUCGAGACAGGGUUUCUCUGUGUAGUUUUGAGGCCUGUCCUGAAUCUCGCUCUGUAGACAAGGCUGGCCUCGAACUCACAGAGAUCCUCAUGGCUCUGCCCCCUGAGUGCUGGGAUUAAAGGCUUGGGCCGCUGCCACCACCAACCGACCGACCGUUCCUAGUAAAUUUAAGUUACUUGUAUCCAUCGUCUGUCAAAAGCAGGCAGAUCGUGUGGUUUCCUCUUACCGUUCAUUCUCUCCCCCCCAACCCCCGCCCUCCCGCAAACUCCACUGGAAAGCGACAGACCCUUUAAGUCACAGCAUGGGGAAAAGCCGCCUUUAUUGUCAAGUUUUCAGUUUCACUUUUUUCUGCAGAUUCAAAGCCCUGGCAUUUGGGAGCAAUGUGGGAGCCAAAUGAAUGCCACACUUGACUGCUUUAAACUCAACACCAAGCCACUUAGCACUGUUUCACUCAGAAUGACUGAUGCAAACCUUCUCAGAACACGGAGAACGCAGCCAAUCAUUCAACUGACUUCAAAAGCAACUGCCGGCUGGGGCGCGCCCCAGGCCUCCGUGGGCGGGGCCAGCCGCCCUGCGUCAUCGAGCCGCGUCAUUUUCCGCUCGCGCGCGCGCGCGCGCCACCUCCCGCCUUAGAGCCGCACUCAAGCCAAUUAGUUUUCGGUUGAACUCGCUCCUCCGCAGUCGCGAACUCCUCCGAAGCGCAUGCGCGGGGCGGGGCCGGCGCCUUUGAAUCUCAGAGGCGGCUUUUGGGCUCUGGAGGCCGAGUGGUCGCAGAGGUUCUCAAGGUGCGGGGUUGCGCGGCUGGACUUGGGGUGGAGGCACAGAGAUCUUCUGGAAUACCGCAGCCCGAGAGGUCUACCCAAGUAUAUAUGCUGCUGAAUCGAGCAUCUCAUAGGACACAUGAGUCUUUUUUACACAACUUAGGCCUUCUGCAGGCCAGUCAUCAGCUUUCUUUGGCAAAGCCUGAACAUGUAUACAGUGAUGGCAACUCAAAGGAAUACUAGAAGCUCCCAGCUACGAAACAGAAUUUCUCAAGGUAGUAAUAGUUUUCAGACCAAUCUCUUAGCCUGGAAGGUAAAAGACAAAUCAGGCACUUCCAAGAGUGUCUUGAAAGAAAGCAAUUCCGUGGAAGAUUCUGAACACACUGAUGAUCAAGCUGAAGAUGAUCUGCAAAUUGCAGUAGGAUUCUUUCAGAAAGGUCCCAAGAAAGCUUCACUGAAUAAAGAUAAGGUCUUGGAAAAACACUUGAAAACUGUGGAAAAUGUGGCUUGGAAAAAUGGCUUAGCUCCAGAAGCAAUUGAUAUUUUAUUAAAUGUGGCACUCAGUGGCAAGUUUGGGAAUGCUAUAAACACACGGAUAUUAAAGUGCAUGAUUCCAGAAACUCUCAUAUCAGAAGAUUCUGUGGUUAAGGCGGUAUCCUGGCUCUGUGUUGGCAAGUGUUCUAGUAAUACCAAGGUACUUUUUUAUCGUUGGUUGGUUGCGAUGUUUGACUUUAUUGAUCAUAAGAAGCAAAUUAAUUUGCUCUAUGGCUUCUUUUUUGCUUCAUUGCAAGAUGAUGCUCUGUGCCCGCAUGUUUGCCAUUUGUUGUAUUUACUGACUAAAAAAGAGAAUGUCAAACCAUUUCGCGUGAGAAAAUUGCUUGAUCUUCAGGCCAAAAUGGGAAUGCAGCAUCAUCUCCAGGCUUUGUUAUCGCUAUAUAAGUUCUUUGCACCUACUUUGAUUUCUGUAUCUUUGCCUGCAAGGAGGAAGAUCUAUUUUAAUAAUUCAAAGAAUCUGUGGACUUCAGCUCUGCUUGCUGUGAAGCUAAGAAACCAAGGAGCUUUUCCAGAACCUCCAAAGCUAACAUUAGGUCCAACUAAAGGCUCUUCUCUAAAAAGAAAGUGGAGUUCUCACUCAGUUAUUCCAGCACUAAAUUCUGCUAACAAAGAAUGUGGGCAAAAGAAGAUGAGUCUUUCUGAUUAUCUCAGCAGCGAUAGAUCACUUCCACUAGAAGAGCUUCGGAGUUUCCCUCAACUUUUACAGAACAUUCAUUGCUUAGAGCUGCCUUCUCAGAUGAGCUCAGUGCUAAACAACUCUCUGCUACUUCACUAUAUUAACUGUGUCAAAGAUGAGUCGAUCUUACUGAGGCUCUAUUACUGGUUGAAUCAAACAUUACAAGAAGAAUGUAUGUGGUAUAAUAUGAAUAAUUUUGAAGAAGAAAAAGAAUUUAUAAACUUCCUGGACAUUGUCAUCAGGGUGCAGUGCUUCUUACAAGAGGGGUUUUACUCCUCUGAAGCGUUCCUGUAUAAGAGCCUGCCUCUCUGGGAUGGCUUCUCCUGUCGGUCACAGUUCCUUCAGCUUAUGGCCUGGAUUCCAUUCAGUAGCUUCUCUGAGGUGAAGCCACUUCUUUUUGAUCAUCUAGCACCUCUCUUCUUUACAUCAACCAUUUAUUUCAAGUGUAGUGUUCUUCAAAGUCUGAAAGAACUACUGCAGAAUUGGCUGUUGUGGCUUUCUACGGAUGCCCACGUGCAACUGGUGACUAACAGUCCUCUAGAGACAACUUUGGGCGGAGCCAUGGACUCUGUGUCUCAGUUGAUUGACUACGUAGGCUGGCUGGCCACGGUUGCAGUGCGCUUGGAGAGCAACAGUACAUUGUUGUUGCACUUUAUUUUAGACUUCUAUGAGAAGGUGUGUGACAUAUAUAUAAAUUAUGACCUUCCAUUAGUGAUGCUGUUUCCUCCUGUGAUCUUCCAUUCUGCACUCCUAAGCCUGGAUGCCAGUAUCUUGAACCAACUUUGUUACAUUAUAUACAGGUAUCGCAAUAAUUUGACAGCUGCAAAGAAAAACAACUUUUUAAAGAAGGCAAAAUCAGAGUUCAAUCUCAGCAGCAAGAUCUGUCAAGAAUUUAAUUACUAUUUGACAGUUAUGGUUCAUUGCUUAUGGAUGUCCAAACCAUUUGAAAAAGGAGUGUACAUUGAUCCCCAAAUCUUAGAAAAUACUGGAGAAACUGAGUAUAAAAACAGCCUAAAUUUAGUCCACCAUCCCGCCCUGUUGAGCUAUGCAGCUUCCUUUUUGCUACAGGAAAGCCCUGAAGAAAGGACAGUAGAACUGAGCUCUAUUCAGGGGAAGAAAUGGAACUGGUAUUUGGACUAUUUAUUUUCAGAAGGUUUUCAAGGCUUGAAACUUUUCAUAAAAAGUAGUAUUCACCGUUCUUCUCUAUCCCAGUCAGAGAUCAAAACCUCAAUGGUAAACAUUAGAAGAAUGUUGACAUAAACAAACUGGGCAUGCUAAACUAAACUCCUCAUUGCUAGAGAGGCCAUGUAGCUCAAUGUGAGUUUCCAUACCCAUUUCACAAGCCAACUGCUGUCUUCAAGGAGUACUUAGACUGGCUUUCUGUCCAUAGCUCAGGAGAACCUUGGUGUGACUAACUUAUUUUUUAGUAUUCAGAUUUUUAAUUUACUAAUGAAAAAAAAAAUCUCUUCAUCUGCUUUCUAGUGGGAAUUUUUAUCUGCUAUGUUAGUAGAAGAUAACGAGUAAUAUAAAGUUACUCUGCAGACAUUGUUAUGCAGAAUACUCUGCAGUGUCUGGAAUCCUGGGGACAUUUCUGUUUUUCUUAUGUGAACACCAGCAGCAGCACCAAGUUACUUAUAAUAGGCUGCUACAUGGGUGUAACACAUUCCUGAGAAGCUGAUAACUGUUUGGGCCUGCACUGACAGUAAUGUAUGUAGGAAGGAAGGAUAGAGGAUGAAGAAAUUUCUGAUUUUAUUGGUUUUAUUUCCUGAAACCAUCAUAUUAUUUGAGUGUAUAUGUGUAUGUAUGUAUUUAUGUAUAUAUUCAGAUUUAAAUUUCCAGGCCUAAAUAAACUAACUUAAGCUUUACCUUCAGGAGUAAUUCUGAAGAUUAAAAAAAAUCCAUAACAGAGA